AGGAAGAGGAGGAGGAGGAGCAGAAUUGGCGCCUUUUCCCCGCCCUGCGCGGAGCCCAGGAAGCCGCUUCAGCGCGCGGGAAAGGAAGGGAAGCCAGGAUGAGUGAGCCGGCCGGCAUGGAGACGGAGCGGAUAGUGGUCGAGGAGGAGAAAGAAGCGGUGGCGUUGAUCCAGCAGCGGGAGCAGGAGACAACACCCACUGAAAAUGCGACCACAUGUCUCCCCAGAAGCCCUGUGAAGAGUAAGACUUUGACAAAACAAAUCAGAAUUCUUCUCACGCCUGUGUCAGCCACAUGUGGAGAACACAACAAGCAUUUGCCUCAGAAACGUUUGUUAGAGCAAUUUUCCAGCUGUGAGGAGUCUUUCGGUAAAGAACCCAAAGCCAAGAAAAUCUGUAGUGAUUAUUCAAGUCCAGAAACAAGGGCUAUAUCUCAUGGAGUAAGCGAGGUAGUCUCCAACACGGAUUCUCACAGAUGUGGUUCAGUCGUAGAGGCUGUCAGCAGUGAUUUGGAGACUGAUGGGGAUUCCGAGAGUGACAGAAAUGAUGAGGAAGUCUCAACACAACUAUCAGCUUAUGAGAGGAAAAGACUGAAGAACAUAACAGAAAAUGCCAAAUUUUUUGCUUCCCUGAAGCUGUUUGAGUCGGCAGCAAGUCUUCGUAAUAUGACAGCCAGAGUGCAGUCUCCAAAAAUACAAAGAAUUAAACAUUCCAAGGCAAAAACUGAGACAACUUGUCGAAGAUCAAUGCGCUUGCAAAAAGUGGAUCCACUGAGCAUUCCCUUGCCAGAAGCACAAGCACAACCAGAACCUUCAGUAGACGAAUAUCCUCGUUUGCCACCUGGACCGCUUCAGAUGAUACCCAUAGAUCAAGAGGAAGGAAAUGAUGUAACUGAAGGUUUUCUGAAUAUGUGGGCAAAAAUAAGUCAGGUAGAGCCUAAGGUGAUUGAGACGCCUACAUGUAACUUGGAAAGUUACCAAGCUCAUCUGCAUAAAAUGGUCCUCCGAGAAGAUUGUGUAGCAAAAGUGGUCCGAAACCGGAUUCACUCCGUGGCUAUCCAUCCAUCUGAAAGCAGAACUUUAGUAGCAGCUGGAGACAAGUGGGGACAGAUCGGUCUCUGGGAUUUGGACAGCGGAUUGGAAGAUGGAGUACACACCUUUGUUCCCCAUAGCCAGCCAGUUAGCUGUAUGUAUUUUUCUCUGUCUAAUCCUGCUCAUCUUCUAUCUGUGAGCCACGACGGCACGUUACGACGUGGGGAUGUAACCAGAGCGGUCUUUGAUGAGGUGUACAGAAAUGAAGAGGACAACCUUUCCUCAUUUGAUUUCUUGGCUGCAGAUGCCUCUACUCUGAUAGUGGGAACGUGGGAUGGAGAGGUAGCUGUAGUAGAUCAGAGAACGCCAGGAGUUUCCGCUGAGCUUUUUGUAGAACUUAAUUCGAAGAAGACAAGGACCAUCCAUACCAACCCACUCAGCAGACAUUAUUUCGUAGCUGCUGGAGCAGGGGAUGUUGCUAUUUAUGAUGUUCGGCACCUGAAGGCGAGUGGCAGCAAGCCCGUGGUCUCUCUUGCCGGGCACACCAAGAGUGUUGCUUCUGCUUAUUUUUCACCUGUGACUGGCAACAGGGUGCUGACUACUUGUGCUGAUGAUACAUUGAGGAUCUUUGAAACCACAUGUAUCUCAUCUUCAGUCCCUGUUCUCACAACUAUCAGGCAUAAUAACUACACGGGACGGUGGCUCACAAGGUUCAGAGCUAUUUGGGACCCAAAGAGGGAUGACUGCUUUGUGGUGGGGAGUAUGUCUCGACCAAGGCAAAUUGAAGCCUUUCAUGCGACAGGAGAUUUGGUCCAUUCCUUCCUCAGCGAAGUCUACCUUGGCUCUGUUUGUUCCAUCAAUGCCUGGCACCCUACCAGGUACAUUCUUGCAGGUGGUAACUCUAGUGGCCGCCUCCAUGUUUUCAAAGAGUGAAAAAAAGUUGAAGAGAAUGUUGAACCAUCAGGUAACAAAGAGUAUGAGUUGCAUUUUGGUUGUGUUAGAACUUUGUCGCUGGAGAAAGACAAAUAUAUUCAAUUUCAAAACUUUCUAAGUGAUAUAGAUUACCAAUAACAGAAAUAAAUAAGGCUAGCCUUGUUA